AUGUUUUCAUUGCUGGCUUUGGCUAUGCGUAUCUUAGCAAAUAUGAAUACAUUCGAAAAGCAAAUGUUUGAGGAUGCUACAUAUUUGCAACCAGCAACUGUGCGCCAGAUUAGGGUACCUGGUGACAUUAUUAUAGGUGGGGUUUUUCCAGUUCAUGCAAAAAGUGAUUCACCGGAUCAGCCUUGUGGUGAUAUUGCCGAGACACGAGGUGUACACAGAGUGGAAGCGAUGUUAUAUGCAUUGGAUGUUAUCAAUUCUCAGCGUGAAUUUUUGCACGGUUAUAAACUGGGUGCUCUUAUAUUGGAUUCAUGCUCAAAUCCAGCUUAUGCUCUCAAUCAGAGUCUUGAUUUUGUCCGUGACAUGAUUGGCUCAGUCGAUUUAUCUGAAUAUCACUGUCGUGAUGGUAGUUUUCCGGAGAGCCGACAAAUGCCACGCAAAAAUAUUGCUGCAGUUGUUGGUGGCAGUUAUAGCUCCGUUACUGUUCAGAUAGCUAACCUUUUGAGACUGUUCAAGAUAGUUCAAGUGAGUCCAGCGAGUACCAAUGCAGAUCUCAGUGACAAAACACGUUUCGAGUACUUUGCUAGGACGGUGCCCAGUGAUAAUUAUCAAGCACGUGCAAUGAUUGAUAUUGCAUUGCAUUUCAACUGGACGUAUGUAUCCUUGGUGUACUCAGCAGAAGAAUAUGGUGAGCUUGGUGCCGAAGCUUUCAAGAAAGAAGCACGCAAGAUGAAUAUCUGUAUUGCUACCGAAGAGCGCAUAUCAACCAAAAAAGAAGCAUUACAAGAAUCUGUUAAUAAUCUGGUUAAAAAACUACAACCAGAUAAAGUUGUUGGGGCACGUGCUGUAGUGUUAUUUGUUGGCACGGAGUAUAUACCGGAACUGAUGUUGCAAACAUUUGAACGUAUGCAUUUGGAGCAGUUACCACGUCGUAAAAAGAUUAUUUGGCUUGCGAGUGAAGGUUGGGACCGAAACAAUGAAGCAUACACAUCAGGUCCAAGGAAGCUGGCAGCAAAGGGUGCUAUUGUCUUGAUGUUAGCUUCCGAUCGUGUUCCUUCAUUUGAAAAGUAUUUUUUAUCGUUAAAUCCGGGUGAUGACAAAUUCGAACGGAAUAAAUGGUUGAGAGAACUAUGGCGCCACAAAUUCAACUGUGAAUUUGAUUUACCUGAACAGAGUAGAUUAAACCGAUGCGAAAACUAUCGUCAAACUAUGAAAAACUUUAAUCCAGACGAUAAGGUUCAGUUCGUUAUUGAUGCUGUGCAUGCUAUUGCUUAUGGAUUGCAGGGAAUGAAAGAGGAAGUAUGUCCUAACGAUACUGUAUCAUCCUCAUGGAUAUCAAGAUAUUCAAGUGUACCACGGAUUUGCGAUGCGAUGAAACAUAUUGAUGGAGAAAAGUUUUACCAGAAUUACUUGCUUCAAGUAAAAUUCCAAGAUGUAGCGGGCAAAAGAUUUCGAUUUAGCUCAGAUGGUGAUGGACCAGCGCAUUAUACAAUUUUAAAUUAUCAGCCAGAAAAUGGUCGCAGAAGGUCCGAAGAUUCUAGUCGAAGUGAUUAUGUUGUUGUUGGACGGUGGUCCGAAGAGCAUUUAGAUAUAGAUGAUGAAAAGAUGUUAUGGGAAUACGGAGAAAUACCAAUAUCACAAUGCAGUAUGCCAUGCCCAAUCGGUUAUCGUAAGCAGCUCAUCAAGAUUAAUUGUGGUGAAGGUUGGUGGCCGACAGAUGAUCGCAAAAGUUGCUUUAACUUGGCUCAAUCUAAUCUUAAAUAUAUAAGAUGGUCUUCCUGGUAUUCAAUAGUACCUACCUUAUUUGCUAUCAUUGGUAUUUGUUCAGCAAUUGCUGUGAUUGUCAUAUAUUCCAGGAAUCACGACACACCGGUAGUAAAAGCAUCAGGACGUGAGCUUAGUUAUAUCAUACUGGUAGCAAUGAUUAUGUGUUAUGCAAUGACUUUUGUACUCAUUUCUAGGCCAACCGUUCUCAACUGCGCUAUUAAAAGAACUGGUAUUGGAUUUUCUUUCUCAUGUUUAUACGCAGCUCUUCUAGUUAAAACUAACCGCAUAGCUCGAAUUUUCUCACAUCAUUCAGUGCAACGACCAAUGUGCAUCUCACCUGCAUCACAAGUCUUUUUAACAGUAUUUCUUGCUGGUCUUCAGCUUUUUGGAUCAUUUAUUUGGCUUCUCAUUGUUCCACCUGGUACGAAACAUUAUUAUCCAACUCGAGAUCAAGUUGUGCUUAAAUGUAACAUCCCGGACCAUCAUUUUCUUUAUUCGCUAGCUUAUGAUGCUAUACUAAUUGUGUUAUGUACUGUUUAUGCGAUCAAAACUCGAAAAGUGCCAGAAAAUUUCAAUGAAACACGUUUUAUUGGUUUCACAAUGUAUACAACAUGUGUUUUGUGGCUUUCGUGGACGUUUUUCUUUUUUGGUACAGGUAGUGAUUUUCAGAUACAAACGACAUCAUUAUGUAUGUCAAUAUCGAUGUCUGCGAAUGUUGCAUUAGCAUGUAUUUUUUCGCCGAAAAUAUGGAUUAUAUUGUUUGAAAAGCAUAAAAGUAUGCACAAAAAAUACGGCGUACUUACGAAAAAGAAUUGUACAUCAAUAAAUAUGCUAAGCAAAGAAGCACCUGCACAAUAUACUGCUCUUUUACCUGAGGAGCGGAGGAGAAAUUCGGUUGGAAACUCUUAUCACAGCAUCUCAUCCUCUGAACAUGACACAUUCUUGUAA